GUAACGGAAUUUUACUACUAGCAGUAGCGUCGACAACAAUAAACAAUGGAAAAAUGCGGCGUCGAAAGCGGAAUUUUGAAACUGAUAUUUGAGCGCUCAAAAAUCCCUUUCCACCGCUGCACAGUGGGUAGCACGUGAACUGCUCUCCUCUCUUCGUGCGUACGCCCCCACUCAACGCCCUGGAAAUCCGCAGAACGAUGACUUGGCAUGCCACGCCAUCGCAGAAUGCAGGUUGUUGAAUUCGAACUUGUACUUGUGGGUAAACUUUUUCAGUUUUAUCUUUCUUUUGGUCGCACACAGCACAGGAAAACAGCGAGCAUUUGCAAAUCUGGUGUGAAGGUAAAAGAAAAUGCAGGGAGUAAACAACAGAAACCCGGAAACGCCCGCGCGAAGAAAUGUAACACCGCCAGGGGGUCCCACUACGCUGGAUCUCUUCAGCUGGUCUGAUGCCUCUCCCCCUUCUUCAUCUCCUUUCCCUUCGUCCUCUGCUAAAUCUCUCGGGGGAUCUCCUCACUCUCACAACCGUCAGCCUGCAGGUGGAAUCAGCUCAAUUUCAUUCAAUGAGCAAGUAACUCCUGAGCAAGAAGAAGAAUUUCUCAAGAGAAGACUAUGCUCGGAUUCAAAGUGGAGAGAACUGACUGGGAGUGGAAUAUUUAAUAGUGAGAAUCCAAAUGAUGCAUCUGAUUCUGUGAAUGACAAGUCUACCCCGGACCAGGCUGCUUUAAAACAUUACCAGCAAGCUGCAGCAAUAAUAAGUCAAAUAUCUUUUGGUUCGGAUGAAAGCAUCUCACCCAAGAAGCCAGCAUCUUUGACAGAAGUGGCAAAACAAAAAGAGCUGAGUGGAAAUCUAGAGACAGCUUCUGACAUGCAUGUCAGGAGACAGAUCUCUGAGGCCAAAUCAAAGGAACUAAGUGGUCAUGAUAUUUUUGGCCCCCCAUCAGAGGUGCUACCUAGAUCCUUAAAUCGCAAUAGGGAGCGUAAGGAAGAACCAAACGAAAGCAAUGAACCAGCACAACGAAAUGUCCGCACUUCUGUAAAGGUUUCUAAUCCUGCUGGAGGUCAUAGCAGAAUUAUAUUUGGUCAGGAGACUACACCAAAGACCAUUAAAAAAGUGCAUGGCCAGAAGGUUGCAGAAUUGACUGGUAACAACAUUUUCAAUGGAGAUCCUCCACAAAACUCUGCCGAGAAGCCCCUGAGUAGAGCGAAGUUGAGAGAGAUGAGUGGAAGUGAUAUAUUUGCUGAUGGAAAGGCAGAAAAUAGAGAUUGUUUAGGUGGUGUCAGAAAGCCACCAGGAGGGGAAAGCAGCAUUUCACUGGUGUAAAGUAAAUGCUGGUAACUUAACUUCAGUAACUCUUAUGUUGACUGACUAAGCGAUUGGAUUCUCCUUUCUUAGUGGAGGCAGGUCAAUAGCUUGAAAUAUAGGCUGUUAUGUUUUAUGUCAUAACAAAUUCAGAACAGCAUCACAACAUUGUGUGAUAUGGAAUGAGUUAUUUGAGUAUUUGGAAUAUUACUUCUAUGACUUGUAGAUGUUAUAUGUGAUUUGGUAUAUAGAGACCACAAAGUAGGGUGGUACAGUUGAUUAACAGAUCUUGUUGCAUUAAUACUUUAAAACAUAUUUGACCAAAACCUGAACUUGUGCUUUCAGGUACUGUAAUUUACUAGUUCUUUCUGUUUCUUUGUUUUCUUCAUCUGGAUUAGAAAUAACUAUCUUCUAUCUUUUUCUUUC